CAGAGCAGAGAUCGAAUGAUAGAACGAAAGACCAAGUGAUACAAGAAGUUAUUAGGUUGUGGUAUGAAAAUAUUUGCUCUAGCAUGGCACAAUAUUUGGGAAGCGCGUGUAAAUAUUUUGGUGCAAAUAAUUCAUAUCCAGAGAAAGCAAUUAUGGAUGUUCUUAGGCUUCGUGUUUGUUACAAUAAUAAGUUCAAGGAAGCCAUAGAACUUCUCCAACACAGCAUCAUUCCUUGUCAGUCACCAAAAUGUAUUAUUCUUGGCCCUAAUGACCUCAUUUCUAAUAAGAUCGAAAUUAACCCAUUGUUUGAAUCUUACCUUGUCGACAGCAUUGGAUUAUUUCUUAAAAACGAAAGAGGAAAAACUAUGGUGGACGUCUUUGUUGAUAACAUUAUCAUGCCCAAUAACAUUUCAUCAAUUGGCAAUGAAUUUGAUGCGACCUUUAUUACGGCAAUCAUCCAGAAACGUGGGCUUUAUGUACGAGAAGAACUUAAUAGAUGGAAAAAUGGUCAACAAUUUGAUCUUCCUUCAUGGAUCACUCCCACGAUGAAGUUUAUUACAACUUCAAAUCUAUCAGGAGGGGUUCCUAUUGCCAAAUAUGUUAACAAUAUGAACUACUGUUCUUAUGCAAUUCAACCAGACAUAUACUCAGGAUCAGACGUGGUAAUCUCUUUCAUGGAUAAUAUGCAAAAUGUGGUGCUAUUAUCGGCAAGUUGCACAGUUUCUAGUAGUCCCAUUAAGCGAGGUAAAGUCAAAGAACAGUUAAUCAAAUCAUGUAUGAAGUUUCAGUACAUGGAAUGCUCAAGAAAGAGGAAAAAUGAAGUGGAAUUUUCUUAUAAAAAACCAAAACCAAAGCGCCUCCAAAUUGGUCUUGGUAAUAUUUUACCAGUCAUCACUAAUAAAGAGGACCUAGACGGAGAGGAUAGCUUAGGAGAGGAGGAGGAAAAGUAUGACCAAGAUUUAAAUUAUGAUGAUUUGGAUUAUGAUUUAGACUACACCAAAAACAUCAGGAAUUAUCGGAUAUCCAAGGUCGACGAGCAUGCAGAGUAUCACGAGCAAAUCAAAACUUACUCAAAUAAUCGAAAACAUAUUUAUAUUUCAGUGGAGAUUCCUCAUAG